CGGCCUUACAGUCCUCCGGACAGUCGGGAGUGAAGCACCCGCCGGCCGGAAGGAUUUGAUGCGAGCUGGGUCCACGGCAGCCAUCGUAUCUUGCAGUUCGGUCUUGGAGGGUAUAGGGCCGACACCAAGCAAGGAAUUGUGUUCUCUCCAAUCGCAGACCUUAUAAGAUUUGGAUAUGUCCUUCAUAUUUGACUGGAUUUACAGUGGUUUCAGCAGUGUGCUACAGUUUUUAGGAUUAUAUAAGAAAACUGGUAAAUUGGUAUUCCUUGGAUUGGAUAAUGCGGGAAAAACAACAUUGCUACACAUGCUAAAAGAUGACAGACUUGGACAACAUGUCCCAACGUUACAUCCCACCUCGGAAGAACUAACCAUUGCUGGCAUGACCUUUACAACUUUUGAUCUGGGUGGACAUGUUCAAGCUCGAAGAGUGUGGAAAAACUACCUUCCUGCUAUCAAUGGCAUUGUAUUUCUGGUGGAUUGUGCAGACCAUGAAAGGCUGUUAGAAUCAAAAGAAGAACUUGAUUCACUAAUGACAGAUGAAACCAUUGCUAAUGUGCCUAUUCUGAUUCUUGGGAAUAAGAUCGACAGACCUGAAGCCAUCAGUGAAGAGAGGUUACGAGAGAUGUUUGGUUUAUAUGGUCAGACAACAGGAAAGGGCAGUGUAUCUCUGAAAGAACUGAAUGCCCGGCCCUUAGAAGUUUUCAUGUGCAGUGUGCUCAAAAGGCAAGGUUACGGAGAAGGCUUCCGCUGGAUGGCACAGUACAUCGAUUAACACCAACCUGCAUCGGGUCCAGGUCUCGCCAUUCAGGCCUACUCAGAGAUUUGAUUGCUGAACAUGCAUAACUUGAAUUCAAUAGACUUUUGUUGGUUAGAAAACAGAUGUUUUUUAGAUUAUUAAUAUUAUAUCAACUUAAUUUGAGUGAGAAUUCAAAACUGAUUCAAGUAAGUUUGACUAUCACAAUGUUAGCUUUCUAAUUCCAUAAAGAUAAUUAGUUUUUACAGUUUAUAACCUGACAUUACCCCCAGCGCCAUUUAUAAAGAGCAACUUUCCAGCAGUACAUUUGAAGCACUUUUUAACAACAUGAAACUAUAAAUAUAAAUCAUAAUUAAAAGCUCAUCAUGUUAAAUUUUUAUGUACUUUUUUGGAACUAGUUUUUAAAUUUUAGAUUUUAUGUCCACCUAAGUGUACAGUUGAUAAUUAGCUUAUUGAUAAUUGCAUGAUGCCUUACAGUUUUCAAUAUUUUUUCUUAUGCAAACGUCAUGCAAUAAAACAAACCCUCAUGUUUGGCAUCUUUGUUGGGCAAAUGUUUCAUUUGAAUGUGUCUUAUCUAGCUAGUAUACUCUGAAAUUUUGAGUAUUUAAUAUUAUACGUGAGGUGGUGGUUUGGAAAGGAGAUCGCUUCAGAAUGUUUAGAAUAAUAUUUAAGUCCCUCGAGGUUUUUGCAUUUACCAGAAGACAAGUUGUGCUUGGUUAUACUUUAUACUACACUUAUUUCUGAAUCAUGUGUAUUUUUAUUGGUAACACUACCAUUACUAGUGCCAAUAGGGUCCAUAUUGUAGUCCCUGUGGGCUCAGCCGUCUGAAGAAAAGCACAUCUUCUGGUUCAACACAAGGUUGAUUUUUGGUGUGAUGGGCCUCUCUCUAGUUCUCAAUUCCAGAUGUCUAAUUCUGAAGUGCUCCCGUCUUAUUGGUGCCUGGUUUGUAAUCUGUGCCUCUUCACCAAACGUAGUUGUAGGCACCAGUCUCCCAACAUUUAGAGGUACUCCUCGGUCUCUUUAUACUUCAUGGUACUUCCCAGGGCAAGUGACAAGUAAGACCUUGUGCGGUUUCAUUGUAGAGGCCUUGUAUAUCUGAGGAAAAAAGCCUGUUCUGCUUCAGUUGUCAUUGAGACAUGUAGAGAUUUUGCUCCUGUCCUGUAGCUCUUUUGCAUUCUUUGUCAUGUUACAUUUUGAUAGAAAGAAAAUGAAUGCUUACAUUUUAUUUUCGUUUUUCUUGGUUGCUCUCAACUAUCUCUUUACAGCACAAAGACUUUUAUUUUUAGAUAUAAUACUUACCAUGUGAUAGUGUCUGCAAGCCUCAUUGAUAGACUUACUUAAAAUUUUUUUGGUGAGCUUUUUAAAACAUUUUAAUUUCCUAAGAAAUUGAGUUUUUUCCAUGUUUUUGAGAGUCCCAUGAUUAGUAAAAUAAGAUGAAGGAUAAAUGCCAAAUAUGUAUUUUUAAAGACUCUCAAGCUUAAGAUUUCUCUUGGUUUAUAAACCAAGAUUUUAUAGUAUACUUAACCAAUUCCAUUGAAACUAGAUUGCUCCAAUUCUAUCAAGAAUAACUUUAAUACUAGUGUUUCUCUAGCUAGUGUCAAAUCAGAGUCACUGUAGUCCUUUCUGUCAUCAGUAAUGUAACAUGUGAGGCAGAUAAGGAUUGAGAAAUACUGCUGGAAGGAAUUAUCAGUUUAAACUAACAAGGUCAUUUCUUAACAUGAUAUUUGGUUUUAGUAAUUUGGCAAUUCUGUAUUUAACUUUUAGCUUCCUUCUAAACAAAAAUAAAAGAGCUUCUUCCCUGCUUAGAAACAUCAGUAGCAACAGGAAAAGGUAGGAAAUGACAUUUCAGCCUAUUGGUUUAUUUUUCCAGAUAUGUCUGAAGCACUCACUUCUGAUGUCCUGACUGAACAGAACUAAGCCUUAUUAAAAGUAACUGCCUCUCAAUGGUAUCUGUCUUCAGUACCUACAGAGACAUGCCUUUCUUCAGGUUUUUCCUAGGAUUUGUUGUGAUACUUGAGAAGUUAAUUAUCUCAUGAAUUAGUAUAAAGAAAAAAGCUUACUGGUUUCUCUCGAGGGGGAAAAGUGCUUUUUGGUACAAAAUAUCUUGCUACAGAAUUCAUUCUAGUUCCGACACUGGGAUCAAAGAAACAGAGUCACUUUAUGGAUCACAUCUAAACUGUGGACAUUUUCCCAAUGAUGUAAGGUUCAAAUGGCCUGAACCCCUAGAAAGGAAGCUGUGCUUAGCAGCAACCAGCUCUCCUCCCAGCUCCGGGGAUAUGGGCCUGCAGAGUUCCCUAGCCAUCGGGUUACCAUCUAGCUCUGAGAGCUCCUCAGAGCACACACAGCCCCGCUCCCCUUCAAGAGACCGGCAGGAAACAGUAGAAGCACAUGGGGAAAACUUAUUCUGUGUGCCUGUGCAAGUAAGUGUAUGCACCUGUGGAGUAUGUUGCAGGUAAUGGUCGUAUUGGGGAUAUAGAUUAAUUUUGUACCUCCUACUGUAAAGCAUGAAGAUAUAAUCAUUAAUACUGUUAUAUAUAAGUUAACAUUGGAUUACAUGUAAAUCAGGCACUGUCCAAAAGAUGUUUUAAAAUCUUAAAUCUUAAACUAAAAAUACAAAGCCUUAGGCCACUUUUAUAUUUCAAAAAAAAUUCUUAACCCCACACCUAUUUCAAUGACUGCUGUAAUUAUACUUUUGAGUAAGUGGUUAAAUUAAUUCUUUAUCAGUGAAUUUUUAGAAUGGAGAGUAUAGCAUUUUUUUAAAUUGAGGCAUAGACAUUUCCUAAAGUACAGUGGUUCCCCCUUGUUCAUGGGAGAUAAGUUCCAAGACCCCCCAGUGGAUGCCUGAAACUACAGAUAGUACUGAACCCUAUAUAAACAUUUUUCCUAUACACAUACGCACCUUUUCACUUUAAGGAAGCACUUUACGGCUUGGCUUGGCUUUAGCACAUCUGAAUGCCGGCAUCAUUACUUGUGUGCUUUGGGGCCAUCAUUAUUAAGUAAAAUAAGGGUUACUUGAACAUAAGCACUGCAAUACACAGUUGAGCCACCUGCUAAGUGACUGAUAGGCAGGAAGUUUACACAGCGUGGACACACUGGACAAAGGGAUGAUUCAUGUCCUGGGUGGAAUGGGAUGGUGUGAGAUUUCAUCACACUACUCAGAAUGGCAUGCAAUAUAAAACUUAUGAACUGUUUAUUUUCUGGAAUCUCUAAUAUUUUUGGAUUGCGGUUGACCGCAGGUAACUGAAACCUCAGAAAGUGAAACCACGGAUAAGAGGACUGCUGUAUAUGAAAAAAAUAUUUUUCAUUGCUUAAGUAACCUUAUAGUAUCUUUAAGUGCCAAAGAGGUAUGAGUUCAGAUAUUGCCAGCGUCAAUCUAAAUUUUAGUGUUGUGUGCCUGUGUAUGUACAAAUUUACGGUGGUUUACAACAAAUAAGCGGAAUAUUAUUUCUUUUCCUUAGUUUUCAACUGGCUCACUCUUCUCUAGUGCUUUCUAGUCCAUAAACUACUUGUAAAUCAAUUAAAUAGUGUAAUAGCUGUGAUAACAGCAUUUCUUGCUUUCUGCAAAAUGAUUUGAUCAGUCACAUUCAAAACCCAGCGUUUUCACAUGUUCCAUCUUUAAAAACAGUGUACUUCUAGUUGACAUGACUUGAGAGUUUCAGGAGAAAGGUUCACAUUUUCUGAAACUGUAUUUGGUAUGUGACUCAAGGUGGUAUUUCAGUCUUGUUAGUCACAUGACUGAAGUUUGCAAGGAUUUAUUGCCAAAUAAAUUUUGACCAUAGUACACUGAGAAUAGCUAAUAUAAAGGGAAGUUUCUCAAAAUAUCUUGUGUUCAUUGUAUUUAGAGUAUAUUGUUUGGAUCAUUUUAAACAUGUAAAAGUUGGUGAAGCUUUAAAAAAUCUCCAAGAAAGCAUUAAAAAAGAUUAGCAAAUACAAAUUCCUUAAUAUAAAAUUAAUAGAGAAUUAAAGAUUUUCUAUAAACCUUUAAUAUUUAUGCUAUAAAUAUGAGUUCAGAAAACUAUAUCUUCAAUGAAGAACUAAAUUCUCAAAGCUACAUGUUGAUGCUUCUGGUCAUUUCUAUUAUUGUUUUUUUGAAAUGCAGAUUAGUGCUUUGUAACAACAAAAGGAAAAACAAGAAGGAACCCUUGUAAUGUGGGACUGUGCCCCUGUGUAAUGUAAUUGGGAUUUUGCUAAAACCAAAUUUCCACGGAACCCUACAAGCAUCCCCUCACACCUGGGUAAAAAAAAUCCCCAAGUAUGAAGGGAAUCUACAGUCUAUUGAAGGUGCAGUUCUGAACCAACUAAUUUUUGUCCUUAUAACUUAGAACAUUAAUAUAUUCAAUACCACUGAUUGAUUGUUCAGGGCUUUGACCACACUUUUAAAAAAUAGAAUCCAAAGUAAUCAAAGUAAACUAAGCAAACUUAUCCAAACUCAACUUUGUUUCAGAGUGCACUCACCCCAAGCAGAUUUAGGGCAGAAAUGGGAAAGGCUUUUGAGUGCUUUUGUGCAUUAUUAUUUUUGGAAAAGCUGCACUGGAGUGGAUGAAUUCUUUAGCAUGCAUUUCAAAUAGGGGAGGGGAAAUUAGGUUUAAUUUUAGCUUUACGUUUUUGGGGGGUGAAAGGGGGUGACGGUUCUACAGUUUUUGACAUUCAAGUUGUCUUUGGAAUUGUUUCCAUUAUCAAGUAUAAGGACUCACAACAGAAUGGCCAACUUGACACAGGUUUCUGUAUUCCCUGCUGCUCCUAACCUGAACUCAGUUGCCAUAUUGAGGCAAGAGCACUCGGGGUGAAUGUAGUCAAGUGACUAUAAGUGUGUUUUCCAUGGUGAAGCCUUCAGUAUUUGGCUGAAUACAGAGUAUGUGGAAGUGGUAAGCUGGUGAUAAGUUUUUCAUCACUAACCUUGUUUGCACUUUUGUACACCACUGCUUGCACUAGCAACUUAGUGUGAAUUUUAACAAUUGUUUUACAGUGUAUACGGAUUGUUAAGCAUAAUUUAUAUAAAUGUUUGUUUACCUUUAUGUAUUUUACAAAGACCAACUACAAUAGAUGGUUGGUUAAAUGUUCUUGAAUUGUGUUUGUAUGUUAUUUUUAUUAUGUUCUAUCAUCUCUUCACCCCCUAUGAAUAUGAGUGUCAGGAAUAGAAAAAUAAAAUGCUAACCUGGUCUCUGAAAAA